AGUGCUGCAACCAUUUCACAUCAGUUAACAGUACGAAAACUUGUAUCAACGAAGAAAAUAGUGUAUUGUACCAUACUUGAAAUUGAGAAACACAAUACAUUACAAGGAAUAAAUUCAAAAGAAAAUGGUAAUCCAACGCAGCUGGAAAAUACUAAGCGAUGCAGGCUCCACUUCUGCAUCUUCUACAGAAGCAAAUAGGUCGCCAACUGGCUUACAGUCAUCUUCGGACGACUCCAAUUGCUCCAAUCAAACAACACAUUCAAUGGUUACUAGCGUUGCUAGUCCGCCAGUAAUGAAAUUGGAAGUACAAUCAGCCCAAACAUCGGUACAACAGCCGCCAAACCCUACAUUCCCAGUCAUAAACAGUGCCAUUUCUACGAACACAUCCACUGCUUCUAUCGAUACCAUGAAAUAUGUUACUACACCUCACAUGGCCGAGACGAUGCUCCAGCGCUUACGUCAGCGUUUAAGUUGUCCUGUACAAGUAAGUGGUACAGGGGCCACUGCAGAAUCGGCCAUGCGUUCGCUUGAGUUGCUACGUAUUAGCAUUCAACAAUCCUUUGACCAUGAAAUCGAUGUCAUUAUAAAGCAGUACAUGGAGACCUAUUUCAAACCAGCAUUUCAAAACAUUAAAGAGAAUUUGGGUCAAAACGUUGUAUCUGAGGAAAUUUUGCAAAAGAUGUCGUGUGCACUAUUAGAGAACGCAAAGGCACAAUACAAUCCCUAUCGCUCUAUAAAGCAGCCAUUAGCAUGCGUAUCCAUUACUGCCCCCAAUACAAUACCACAGUAUACCACCAAUGAAGCAACUAGUCUACGUUUUGCUGUCAGACGUCCACCACCUAAACCUGCCGAUUUCAAUGAGUUGCCCGCCAAAAAACUGUUAACCGUCUCAACUCAGCAGCAAGUGCAGCCCGUUACUCCAAUUAAUGUGUCUAGCACUGUAGUUUGUACUGGAAAUGCAAAAGCUAAUCUGAGUUCAACGCCAACCUUCUUGCAACAAUCUCAAUCCUUGCCUCAGCAAAAUCAACAACAGAAAUCGGGUACUCUACCGGCUUCGACCACUUCUGGUCGAAGGCAAAUUUUUUGGAACACAGCCCAUAUUUCGACCACAACUAAAUUCGUUUUAGAUGUGCAGGCUAAUCAAGCUUUUGGAUUUGGCACAGAUGGAAAAGAGCGCUUAGCUAGCAAACAUCCUGAACUAAUCCGCUAUUUACCUGACAAUGAAGAUCGAGAUUGGCUAAGUUCACAAAAUGUUAUAGCUGCACAAAAUCGCAAUUCUCGUUUUCUCUUUCUGAUACAUGAAGAAGUCUGUCGAUUGAAGCAAACACACGAAACAUAUCGAAACAAGCCGAAUAUAGAUCUUAAUGUUAUGAACACAUUUACUGUGCCAGAAUUUAUGAUCCAAAAGAUGAAGUUAUUCUUUGUCGAUUUGAACAUAAAGAGCCGUGGAUUAAUUACAAACUCAUUUUCCGUUGGUCCUGGUGCCCAGGGUAAUAGUCACUUACGUAAUGCACUGCUCCAGGGGAUUGCAGCUCAGAAUAACCGUACAAAUAGUAAUACCGGUGGUAGUGUUAAAACGACCACCCCAAUCGCCAAUAUUACCACAGUAUCUUCAGCAGACGCAGCUGUAAUACCACUAAAUAAAGUAAAUACUAAUAAUGCUGCUACUGCUGCUGCAGGAAGUUGCAAUAUUGCCACCAGCUCCAGCGACGCAACUCCACUUACAAAGCCAAGUACACUAAGCUCAUCGCAUGCAACACUCACAGCUUUGCUUAACAACUCGUCAAAUCCACCACCCCAAGACAAAAAUAAUAUUGUAGCUAAAUUGCGUAAGUAAUGUAUUUAAGAUUUGAAAAUAUUUUGUCAAUAUACUGUAGUUUACAGUAGGAUUUUAGUGUAAUUAAAAAUUCCGAGAUACAUACAUAUGUAUAUGCAAUGUAAUAAACAUUGUCUUUAGAAGAACAAAAACUCGAA